AUGUCGGACUUGGAGAAACGUUUGGUUUGGAAGCUUGAUUGCUUUAUUUUGGUGUAUUGUUGUGCUGCGUAUUUCUUCAAUUAUCUGGAUCGAUCGGCGUUCUCCAAUGCGUAUGUAUCUGGCCUCAAGGAGUCACUGAGCCUGGAGGGCAAUCAGUACAGCAUCUUGCUGUCCAUGUUCACGGCUGGUAGUUGUACCGGUCAGAUACCUCACGCUCUCAUCAUCCAAAAGGUUGCGCCUCGGUUUUGGCUGCCCUUUACACUGAUAGUAUGGUCCGGCUUGACCAUGUGUUCAGCCGCAUGCAAGACGUACACCCAACUUUGCGUUGUCCGCUUUUGGCAGGGCUUCUUCGAAGCAAGUCUUUAUAGCGGUACGAUUUAUAUCCUGGGAUCCUGGUAUAAGCCGUUGGAGAUUGCCAAAAGAACUGCCAUCUUCACGGCGGUUGGACAGAUAGGCAGUAUGUUUGCCGGUGUCAUGAUGACGGCGAUGAAUCAGAGUCUGAAUGGACGAACCUCUCUUGCAGGGUGGCAGUGGGUCUUUAUCAUCAAUGGUGCUAUGGGAAUCCCCUUUGGCAUCUUUGGUCUGUUGUUCUUUCCCAACCUGCCUGAGUCUCCCAACACCCCGUAUCUUAGCAAGGAGGAAAUACAACUGGCACUGAAUCGUCUGCCACCCAAAAGAGAUUGGGGUCACGAUAUCAGCCUCAAGUCACUGGCCAAGCGACUUCUUGCGAAACCAGACAUUUACAUACUAUCCAUGUACUCUAUGAUAGGAUGCGCCCUCGAAGCCAUUGUUCUCCAGGGCCUGUUCUUACUCUGGAUGAAAGCCAACAUCGCGCAGUUUCCCUCGUAUGCGAAGACUACUUAUCCUCUGGGCGUCCAAGCCGUCUCUAUAGUCUCAAACAUUGGAGCUGGCUACAUCAUAGACAUGACUAACCGCCGUAUACCCAUGGUCAUCCUAGCCGGAGUCUUGCAGCUGCUUGUUGCAAUCCUCCUGCUGGUCCCCAAUCUCUCCACCGCUGGUGUGUUGUUCGCGUUCUACCUGGCUGGCACCUCGUACAUUGCGAAUCCAGUCAUGUAUGGAUGGGCGAGUGUCAUUUGCCAGCGGAACGGUGAUGACGCCUCGAGAUCAAUCAUACUUUACAUCAUGAGUAUGGUGCAAUCCAUUCUGUACACCUUUUGGGGCAUUGCCUUCUAUCCUGCGACAGACGCACCGUAUUGGAAGAAGGGUUACAUCACAAUGAUUGUAGUGGUAUUCGCUUUCUUCGGUUCAACAUCAGCUGUGCAAUGGUUGGAUCGAAGGUCAAAAAUCACGGCAAGCAGCGAGGAAGAAGUCGUUUACAUUGAGAGCGAAACAGCUGAUGAUCGGAACAAGAAGGAUCGAGGUCUUGCAUAA